AUGGCGUUGAAAAAACGAAUUUUGCAGAAUAUAAAUCAAUCAGAAACAGUACAGUUUUAUGUUAAGCCUCAAUCAACAUCAACACUUGAACCGAUUAUUGUUCCAGCCCAUAAAAUUCGUGUUCUUGAAUUAUCAACAAAAUAUUGGCGUUUUACUAAUUUACAAAAACGUUUACAAACACUAAGUACAUUACAAGAAUAUACUCAAGUAUUAAUUGAAUUUACAAAUCGUUUAAUAUUAUUUAAAGAAUGUAUUGAAGAUUGUUAUACAAUGCUCGUUCAACAGAUGAUACGUUUAACUGAUCCAAAUAUACAAGUUAUUUUUAUAAAUGCUUUGACAGCGAUGCAAAAAAUAUUUCCGACAGAAAACAAUGAAAUUGUUAAAGAAUUAACACAUUUACUAAAACAAACAACUUCAAUUAAAGUCACUGGAUCAUUAUUGACUUAUUUUUCUGUGUUAUCCUCAAUGUACUUAUCCGAUAAAGAGUUAACAUCAACAUUAGCAAAAUAUGCCAUACAGUAUUCUAUUGAUUCUCAUAUUCGUAUUCAAAUAUGCGCAUUGAAAUUACUUGGUAAACUUGGACAAAUGCCAUCGAUAGAUGAAACUGUGAAAUCAGAUAUAAUUAAUAAAUUAUUAGAAACAAUUGAACAUGAUGAUCCAUGUGUUAGAGCUGAAGCUUUGAGAACAAUAGUUAUGUUGUAUAAAUGUGAAAUUGGUCUGAAUUUACCUCAUUAUAAUUAUUUUCUUGAAUGUUUACAAGAUCAUUAUUCUGAAAUACGUUUAACGGCGUGUGAAGCACUGUUUCUAUUAGCAAUAAAUAUGCCAGAGAGUUCUGUUCCAUUAUCAUCUUUGACUGCGCCAAACGAUGAAUCAAAAUUAAUCAAUCAGGUAUUUCGACUUGUUUGUGAUCAAACAAAUGAUGAAGCAAAAAAUGUUCGUGUACAAGCAAUGCAAAUGAUUGGUAAAUUAUGUCGUCAUGGCGUUGACAUCAAUCUUGUUCAUCAAACAUUGGAUAAAAAACUGCUUCGGAUUACAAAAAGGAAAGAACUUAUAGCUAAAGUUGAACAGUUGGACAGUGAAAUGGAAGACAUAGCAGUACAUGAUGUUACUGUUGAUGCUGAAUCAGUAUCAAUCACAGCUAUUGGACCAUGUGGAGCACUUAUUAGCGGUCUGGAAGAUGAAUAUUCAGAAGUUCGCGCGGCAGCCGUUAACUCGUGCUAUGAUAUAUCAUGUGGUUAUGAUGUCUUUUUAUCAAAAAUAAUUGAAUAUAUUGUAUCAAUGUUUGAUGAUGAUAUUGAACAUGUUAGAUUAUUAGCAAUGCGUACAUUAGGAAAAAUAGCAAAUGGAAAAGUAUUGAGAGGUGAACAAGUUAUAUCAAUUCUCACAGAAUUAUUGAGUCGUUCGUACGAUAUACGUUCAGCUUUGCAUGAUGUAUUGCGUGUAGUAAAAAUUGGCGAUCCAACAACAUUACAUCAACUUUUUCAUCGAUUGGUUGAAAAUAUACAACGUUUUAAAACUGAUACAUAUUCUGUAUUAAGAUGUUUAAAAGAGCUUGGUCAAAACAAUAGUGCCUUUAUUGCCUUGUUAUUACCAAAAUUAUUACCAAUGCAUUUAUAUCUGGAUGUUCAGGAGCCACGAUUUUCUAAAAUUGAUCAUACAUGUACAUUAAUAUUGGUAUUAAAUGCUGCUUUGAAUCAUCCGUCGAUUGUAUCUGUUUUACCUGAUUAUGUUCUUCGACACUAUCGAUACUUAAGAACCAAAGAGCCCGAUUUAACUCCAAAUCUUCAGGGAAGUUCAGAUACGUCAACAUUGAAUAUAUUUGCCUCAUUACCAACAGUAAUCAAAUCUUCUCACGAUGUAUUUGAGCGUAUUUCAAAAAAAGCUCGACAAAGUCAAGAACUCCAUCCAAGUGAUAGACAAAAAUUCUAUCGUGCAUUAGCUGCUGAAUUACACAAAGUAGCUGAAAUGGAUAGUGAUUUAUUACCAGCCUCCGAAUGUACAGCAUUAUACUACGAAAUCUUAGCGUUGAUUAUUUGGCAAUGUACAAGUAGAAAUUGUUUAAAAGCCAUCACAUUAUGUAAACAUUUAUUGACAGUAUUUCGUGGUUAUACCGAUGAACAAUUAAUAUCAAUUCAACAAUUACAUUUUUAUUGUCAUAUGUUAUUACUGUCUGUUCAAACAUCUAGUGAUUCAUCUACAAUUCCAUUAUUCGUUAAACAACGUUGGCAUAAACAUAUACGAUGGAUUGAAAAUAAUUCUCUUUUAAAAAACAAAAUAUUUGAUGAUCUCGAAUUAAACGAUAAAACAAAUUUAAUAUAUACAAAUAUUUUAGGUUUUAUCAAAGCACGUUUACCUAUAAUGAGUAAAAGCUUAUUAAAUAAUUCAAUUACUUUUAAUAACAAUAUUCAAAUGACAUCGGUCACAUUUAUCGAACCAGAUUCUGAUAUUGAUAAUGCUAUUGAAUUUUUACCCGGUUUAUCAACAUCAAUACAGUGUCUAAUGAAUGCAAAAUAUUUAGAUCGAAAACAACAAAUGAAUAUUAAAGUCACAUAUCUUGAUGGGCGUUAUUGUUUAAUUCCUAUUAAUGAUGAAAAUAUUCGUACAUUGGCGGAAGAUGGUUCACUUCGUAUUGACUCUAAAAUAACAUUUUCCCAUCAAUAUUGGCUAAGACCAUGUUAUGCAACAUUUUCCGUUGUUUUAUUUCCACGAGAAUCCAAUUGUUUUAUAAUGGAUAUUAAUGAAGAAUUUCUUGAAAUAACAAAACCUAUUCGUGUUUUAUUACAUCCAAAAUAUCAACGAUAUCGAAAGAAAAAAAAUAGUAUGGAUGGUGGUCAAUUACAAACAAUGGAAACAAGUACAACAUCAUUUGAUAAUGAUACGACUAAUUUUGAUGAUGAUGAAUGGUUUGAGGAUGAUGAAGAAGAAGAAGACGAGGAUUAUUACGAAAGACAUGAAGAAUCUCCAAUUGAACAAGAAGAACAACAAGACGAUCAUAUAGAGAAAGAAGAGACUAUUUUAGACGAUGAUAUGGAUGUUGAUAAUGGAGUUCAAGAAACUAAUCAAACUAAUCUAUAUCAAUUUGAAGUUGUUGACAAUGUUAAAAAUAAUGACGAGAUAGAGAGAUAG